UCUUCAAUGGUCUCGCCCACUUUUCAAAGCCACGCCCCUUUCGAGCGGAAUGGUCUCGCCCAGCUUCCACUCGGGUGUUCCAGUGACAGCAUCAGGCGGCGCCCUGGGCGGAACCAAGUCCCCGCGCGAGAGAGGGGGGAGCGAGGUCUCCAGGACCGGAGUUGGCGAGGGGCACUUGUUGCCCCUGUAAUGGCUUCGGAUUUGGGAAAUGACCCUGUAUUGGACCCUCCAUCUGUGCCUCGGGUACCCCUGAAAAAAGCGAACCGAAAGGGAGGUUUGCCAGAGGCCAAGAGGAAAGGACGGGCCAAGCGGUUAAACAAAGAUGCGGAGGAACUGCUUGCGAGCAUGCAGCGGUUGGCUCUCACAACAGAAUGCGCAGUGCCAGUGGGGACGGGCCUGGUGUUCGAUGAACGGAUGACAGAGUUUUGCUGCCCAUGGGAUGAAAGUUUUCCAGAGUGUCCAGAGCGGCUGGUGGCCAUCCGAGACAAACUGCUGCAAUGUGGACUGCUGGAGCGCUGUGUCCCAGUGCUGGCCCGAGAAAGUACUGAGGAGGAGAUUCUUUUGGCUCACAGUCAGGAGUACUUGGCACUGAUGAAAUCAACUGAAACAAUGAGCGAGGCUGAGCUAAAAUCCCUGUCAGACACAUUUGAUUCAGUUUAUCUACAUCCGAAUUCCUACCGCUGUGCCUGCCUCGCUGCUGGAUCCGUCCUGGAGGUUGUGGAGAAGGUCUGGUCUGGGGAGCUCCGUAAUGGGCUUGCUGUGGUCAGGCCACCUGGACACCAUGCUCAGCACAACAAGAUGGAUGGCUACUGUAUGUUCAACAAUGUAGGCAUUGCAGCCCAAUAUGCCCGGAAGAAAUUGGGGGUUGACCGGGUGCUUAUUGUUGAUUGGGAUGUGCAUCAUGGCCAAGGCACACAGUAUUUAUUUGAAGAUAAUCCCAGUGUCCUUUAUUUCUCCAUCCAUCGCUAUGAAGGUGGCAACUUCUGGCCACACCUCCCCGAGUCCGACAGCCACGCCGUGGGCAGAGGUCGGGGAGAGGGAUACAACAUCAACGUGCCCUGGGACCAGAUAGGAAUGGGGGAUGCGGACUACCUUGCUGCCUUUUUGAAUAUCCUGAUGCCUGUAGCCUUAGAGUUUCAGCCCCAGCUGGUACUGGUUGCUGCUGGUUUUGACUCUGUAAUUGGUGACCCCAAGGGAGAAAUGGCCACCACCCCUGGUUGUUUUGCUCACCUGGCACAUCUGUUGAUGCCCCUGUCUGGAGGCAAGCUGGUUCUGUCUCUGGAGGGUGGGUAUAAUCUCCAGUCCUUGGCAGAGGGAACCUGCACAGUCCUCAAGGCUCUUCUUGGAGACCCCUGCCCUCUGCUGGACUCACCCCUUGCACCAUGCAGAAGUGCCCUACAUUCAGUGUCCCAGACGCUUGUAGCUCACAGCAAAUUCUGGAAAACUCUAAGAAGGCUCAGUGCCGAAGUGCCUCAGGAGAAUGGAGAAGUCAGUGUAACUUUGCAACCACUCAGCACCCCAUCUGUCAAUGAGAUCCUGUCCAAGUCAGCAGCUGAACUGAUGAGACCCCUGCCACCUUCACGCACAGGGAUGGUCUAUGAUGAGAAGAUGACAGAGCAUUACAAUAUGUGGGACAGUCAACACCCUGAGUUGCCUCAGAGAGUCUCCCGAAUCUUCCAGCGCCACGGGGAGCUACGUCUCACAGAGCGGUGCUGCCGUCUCUCAACUCGGCUUGCCUCUGAAGAAGAGCUUCGGAUGUGCCAUAGCCUGGCCUAUGUGGAGACAGUGAAGUCAACAGCCACCAUGAAGCCCCGUGACCUGCAUCGCCAGGGUGACCAGUACAACUCCAUCUUCAUCUGCACCAGCUCCUAUGAAUGUGCCCGGCUGGCGGCUGGUUCCGCCUUCAAUGCAGUUGAAGCCGUGUUCUCUGGGGAGGUUCAAAAUGCUGUGGCCAUCGUCCGACCACCUGGUCACCAUGCUGAAUCGGACACCGCCUGUGGCUUCUGUUUCUUCAACUCUGUGGCCUUGUCCGCUCGAUAUGCACAGCGCCUGGCUGGGCGGCCUAUGAGGGUGAUGAUACUGGACUGGGAUGUUCACCAUGGCAAUGGGACCCAGCAUAUGUUUGAAAAUGAUCCCAGCGUCCUGUACAUCUCCAUCCAUCGCUAUGACAAUGGGACUUUCUUUCCCACCUCUGAGGAUGCGGACUAUGACCGGGUGGGCUUGGGGCCUGGCAAGGGCUUCACCCUUAAUGUGCCUUGGAACUGUCCCCGGAUGGGAGACCCCGAGUACCUGGCUGCCUUCCAUCAGAUUGUCAUGCCUGUUGCCUAUGAGUUCAAUCCAGAGCUGGUCCUGGUUUCUGCUGGUUUCGAUGCUGCUCGUGGGGACCCUCUGGGUGGCUGCCUUGUGACCCCCGAAUGUUAUGCGCACAUGACCCAUCUGCUCUUGGGCCUGGCAGGAGGCAAAGUGGUAGUUGUCUUGGAGGGUGGCUACAACCUAGAGUCCAUAUCGGAGUCCAUGACCAUGUGCACUCGCAGCCUCCUAGGAGAUCCUCCCCCUGCCUUGGGACGCCUCAAGGCUCCUCACCCCAGCGCUCUGCAGUCUUUGGCCUGUGUAGCUUCUGUGCACCGCAAGUACUGGGCCAGCCUCCGACUGGAAGUGCCUGCUCUUUUGUGGGAGAAACCCAGGACUCGGUCUGGGAAGGGAUUUCCCAUUCCAGAUGACUUCCUUGUGAAAGCUUCCCAGGAACACCUUCAGAGCCCCACAACUCAACCCGUGAAUCCUGCUGACGAAGUGGUUGUGGCUUUGGGCUCCCUCCAAAUAGAGGACAACCUUGCAGAAGAAGGAGACAUGGCUUCCAGCUCUCUCUCACCUGAUUCCAAUUCAGUAAGUGAAGACGCUCAGCCAAAGGUUGGGAGCUCCUCAGAAGAGACUGAGCCGACCGACGAGAGCCAGAGAGAAGGCAUGUCAACGGGGAGCUCCUCUUGUGAAGUGGAGUCUUCAGACAAAGAGGCAGAAGUGAGCCCACCUGACCACCCCAAAACAAAAGUUGAGAUAGAGCUACUUGAUGAAGCCACGGGUGGAUGUUCUUCCUUCUGUGAGACACUUGGAGACAAUCCGGUGGAUGGAGGGCUGUUCUAUGCUGUCACACCCUUAUCAUGGUGUCCACACCUUGACUCGGUGUUACCUGUUCCUCCCACUGGCUUGAAUGUGCUGGAGCCUUGUUCAGAAUGUGGCAGCAAGGUGGAGAAUUGGAUCUGCUUGGUUUGCUACAAGGUUUGCUGUGGUCGCUAUAUUAAUCAGCACAUGGUAGCUCACAAUUCAGAAUCGGGACAUCCUCUGGUGCUCAGCUUUGCAGACCUCUCUGCCUGGUGCUAUGAGUGCCAAGCCUAUGUCCACCACCCGACCCUCUUUGAAGCCAAGCACUUGGCUCACACGAUGAAGUUCGGGGUGGACAUGGCGGUACCUUCAUAAAGAGACUCCAUUUGGAAAGAGGAGCCAGUGAAUAAUGGAUGCAGCACAAUCUACGAUCGUUUGACCUCAGUGGAAUUGAACAUAGUGUUUAAAAGGGCUUUCGAUGUGCCAAAUAUCAGUGAUCAUCAAUGCAAUACUACCAGCAGCCAUGAAUCAAACACCAGCAACCUCAUUGCUUCCAGUAGGACAAAGAAUAUUCUAGUGCACGCCAUGACAGGGCACAAGAGAGCGCUUAUGGGGAGACUUUGGGAUGUGGAGGGGGGGCACUUUUGCUUCCAGUCAGAGCUGGCUUGCCCUUCUCAAUGAAAAGAAAGUACUGUGCCACCUUUUUCUUUAGAGGGAUGUGGUGAAUGUUUGUCUCUCCGUUUCAUUUUUGUCCCCGCUCCCAAACUGCUGUACAUUUCUUUUGAGUCAUUUCAUGCUCAGAUGGAGAAAACCGGUGCUGAAUUUGCAUAGAGAGGAAGGGGGAUGCAUUUCUUCCUUAAUGACCCCCAAUCUCCAGCAUUCAUCGGAAAUAUUCUGUAAUUAGUUGAAACAAAAGCAUGUUUUGUGCAGGUGGAUUCCUUUGGGUGAGAGCCAGAAGGCAUGGAACGGAAGUUUCUGGUUGGAGCCCAAGCUCUUUUGAAGCGGGAUGUGGAAAUUUCCUAACGUGUAUACUUAUAUAUGAAAUGGCAAUCUUUAGUUUUCUGAUCCAGUCCCUCUAUUGUAUUUCUUCCUGCGUGUGGCACUACAUUGUAAGGAUAGGACAUGGACAGCCUGCUAUUCCUCCUGACCUUGAGAAGAAGUCGAAUCAUGAAUCUAAGGCCAUAUGUUCACAUUAUUCUCUCUUAUUGUAUAUUGCUGUGGAAAUUAUAUUACCCUCCAGAUACUUUGUAUUACAAAUGCCAUAAUCCUUUAGCCACAUUGCUUGGGGUUUCUGGGAGCUGAAGUCCAAAACAGUUGGAGCAAAUCAAACUUUGAUUUUCGACUUCAACUCCCAGAAGCCCCUGGCAGCAGGGAACAUGGUUAAAGAUCCUGGGGACUGAAGUUUAAAAAUAUUUGGAGGGCCAAAGUUUGAGGUUCCCCCCAAUUUUUUUCUGUAAAUGGACUCAAAACUUAGUAUAUGUACCUGAGGACAACUGAGGCCCCUUCUACACUGCCAUUUAGAAUCCAGAUUAUCUGCUUUGAACUAGAUUAUAUGGCAGUGUGGACUCAUAUAAUCCAGUUCAAAGCAGAUAAUCUGGAUUAUCUGCUUUGAUAAACUGGAUUAUAUGGCAGUGUAGAAGGGGCCGAAGUAAAGUGAAGCUGCGCCCAUGUAAGACAAAGUGAAAGCUCUCUCUGCAGUUGAUGGCACUGAUAUGGGAUGAGGCAAUUUAGAUGUAUUGUCGAAGGCUUUCAUGGCCAGAAUCACUGGGUUGUUGCAGGUUUUUUCAGGCUAUAUGGCCAUGUUCUAGAGCAGUGGUUCUCAACCUGUGGGUCCCUAGAUGUUUUGGCCUUCAACUCCCAGAAAUCCUGCUGGUAAGCUGGCUGGGAUUUCUGGGAGUUGUAGGCCAAAACACCUGGGGACCCACAGGUUGAGAACCACUGUUCUAGAAGCAUUCUCUCCUGACGUUUCGCCUACAUCUAUGGCAACCAUCCUCAGAGGUUGUGAGAUGUUUGUGAGGCGAAACGUCAGGAGAGAAUGCCUCUAGAACAUGGCCAUAUAGCCUGAAAAAGCCUACAACAAUCCAAUUUAGAUGUAAGCUUGUCUUCUCCCAUAUAGGUUUUUUCCCCACUCCAUCAUUUGGGCCUCAUGCAUUUUGACAGAAUGGGGGAAGCCAUAGUGCAAAAAAAAAAGAGAGAGAGAGAGAGAAUGCAAGACUUCUUAGGUCUUGAUGCUUAUGUUUGUAGUGUUUCAAGUCUGGUUCUUCAGCAGAGCUUCUAAAGGGAGAACCAUGUUGAUUUUGGGAAAAGGAAGUAUUGGCAACUGGCCACUGUGUGUUCCCUUUGGCGGUUCUUGCAUUGCUUCCCAAAAUGUUGUGUUUAGAGCAGUGGUUCUCAACCUGGGGUUCCCAGAUGUUUUUAGCCUUCAACUCUCAGAAAUCCUAACAGCUGGUAAACUGGCUGGGAUUUCUGGGAGUUGUAGGCCAAAAACAUCUGGGGACCCCAGGUUGAGAACCACUGGUUUAGAGUGUGAAUGCCUUGCAAUUCCUAUGUGACCAGGUCUUUGAGAAUGACACAGAUUUUCUUCUUUUCCUCAACCUCUCUUGGGACCAAACAACUCAAUAGCAAAUGAAACGGAGGACUGAGUGUCUAUGGGAGGAGUAGGGAAGAAUCAGCUGGAGAGACUGGUGGGACAAGGUGCUGUGGAGGAAUGGGGUGGAUUGGUGCCCAUGGAGCACCACUUUUUCUUCUACGGUCAGCCCUGGUGAAUUUUGUGGUGCGUGGGUUUAAACUUGUGCCGUGACAUAAACAUGGGGUCAGGCACCUGCUCCAUUAUAGCCUGCCCCAAUUCUUUUGCAUAUGUUUCUUUGAUUAAUUUUGUAAUCUUUAUAAUAAUUCAAUUAAAGCAUUUCUGUGGAUGGA